GGCGACUCUUCCCACAAAUCCUUGCGGGCCUAUCACUUGACGUAAUAUUUAUGCGACGUGAGGAUUUUCUGCUGAAUGCCAGAAGGACAAAUCGAAACUUUAGCCUGGGUUGAAAGAACGAAACACCAUGUCGGAUUGUCAACAACUGGAUCAACUUUACUGAACCGUUAUUCAACUAAGAGGGUGGACUUGGCAGCAACAGUAAGAAGAUGCAGCAUCUCUUUAACCAGAGAGCGUUGUGGCAAUCAGCUGCCCUGCGCUCCAUGCUUCUGGGCCCAGUUACCUUGCAGCCGUCCACUAUCUUGGGUCCACGGAUGGCCUCCUACUUCCUCAGGAACUCUUGUCUCAUCCCCAGCCCACGCUGGGUGAGCACAUCAGGAGCAGUGUGGACCACAGCACCCCGUAAGUCCACCACGGAAGAAGGCCAUAGCCAGGCUGACCCAGGCCAGGAGGAUAUCCUGGGGGACCGGUCCAUUGGGCUGGUCCAGAGGUUUAGGAGGACUCUAAAGCAGUAUGGGAAGGUCAUGAUUCCCCUUCACCUCAUCACCUCCUCCAUGUGGUUCGGGACAUUUUACUAUGCUGCCAUGCAGGGUAUAAAUGUGGUUCCGUUUCUGGAGUAUGUUGGAUUCCCAGAGAAGCUUGUUAAGCUGUUGGAGCAUUCUCAGAGUGGCUAUGCACUGACGGCGUAUGCCAUGUACAAGAUUGCCACCCCAGCCAGGUACACCGUGACAUUAGGGGGGACAUCCCUCUCGAUCAGGUACCUCCGUAAACAUGGCCACAUGACCACCCCACCGCCUGUUAAGGAGUAUCUGCAGGACAAGAUGGAGGAGACCAGGGGACGCCUCUCUGAGAAGAUGGAGGAGACCAAGGACAGGUUCUCUGAGAAGAUGGAAGAGACCAGAGAUCGUCUGUCGGGGAGGAUUGGGGAUAACAAGGACAAGUUGGCAGAGAAACUCCAAGAGACCAAAGACAAAGUGUCUUUCAGAAAGAAGCCGGAGUAGAUACCAUGUUAAUUCCUGGAUAUAAUGAAGUAUAUGUUCAUAUGGCCACUAUAGCCCUUCAAAAGGAUGGGUGGACACAUCGCCCUAAACUGACUUCAUCAGACACCACAUACACAUAACAUAACAUAACAUAACUAAGCAUUUCUCUUCUCACCUACACAUCUGCUUGACUGCAAAUAGCAAAGGUUACAAUGGAUCUGGUAAGUAAGGAGAAAAAUAGUUAUAUGAAGUUAAAAGUAGGAAAAAUACAUAUGUUGAAAAAUGGGUGCUAUAUUUUCUGGGAAAUAUUUGGAUGAAGGAGUGAUUCCAGAAGAACAUGGUAUGUGUGGUAGAAGAGUGGGCUUUGAAUUGUUUCACUGCAGAAGUAGACUAUUAAACACUCAGUCACAACACUCAGUCACAACACAACACUCAGUCACAACACAACACUCAGUCACAACACAACACUCAGUCACAACACUCAGUCACAACACAACACUCAGUCACAACACAACACUCAGUCACAACACUCAGUCACAACACAACACUCAGUCACAACACAACACUCAGUCACAACACAACACUCAGUCACAACACAACACUCAGUCACAACACAACACAACACUCAGUCACAACACUCAGUCACAACACAACACUCAGUCACAACACAACACUCAGUCACAACACAACACUCAGUCACAACACAACACUCAGUCACAACACAACACUCAGUCACAACACAACACUCAGUCACAACACAACACUCAGUCACAACACAACACUCAGUCACAACACAACACUCAGUCACAACACAACACUCAGUCACAACACAACACUCAGUCACAACACAACACUCACACUGGCUCAUGUUACAAGAAGGUUAUUGUUGUUUUUACAAUGUUAUAUUGAGAGAUGUAUCUGAAAUAUAAAAAAGUACGUCUUUCCAAUUAAAACUGAACUGUUCACAUUAAGAUGUG